AUGCCGCCGCGGUUGACGCCCCGCCACCAGGCAGCCCUGGCGGCAGCAUGGGGGCUGGCGUGCGCGCUCUCGCUGGCGUGGGCGCUGCCGCGCCUCGACCAGCACGGCGCCAAGCUCAUGUGGACGUUCUUCCAGCCGCUGGCGCCGCCGCUGCUCGCCGUCUGGCUGUGGGCGCAGUGCGUGGCGUGCUUCGAGGCGCGGCGCAUCCCGUACGCCGCCUGCUUUCCCGAGCGCGACCAGAGGCAGCUGCCGUCCGCGGCGGGCCUGUGCAAG